UCUGCUCCAGAGGAGACACAUAGGUUUUACAUUUGCAUAGCCCAUUCCCAACUUCCAGAAGUUUCUUUUCCAUGGUCUAUAAAGGCCAGAGAAAAAACUGUAGGAUCAGUCAACAGACAAGCGAACCCAGAGAGUGAGGGCUGAGAGAGAUUGUGCCAAGCUCUGCCAGAAUGAAAAACGAAAACCUUGACAUCAGUAUGAAAACAUUUCAAGGCUUCUAUAGCUGCUCAACAACCAGAAGACAGAAAGGAUGUGGGUAACCAACGUUGUAGUUCUGUGCCUCCUGGCCGUUGCGGCCUCCGGAGAAGACAAGAAGAAGCUGAGCAGCCAUGCCACCACCAUGGCUGACAAGAGCGCCAACCUGGCCUUCAGCCUCUACCACACGGUGGCCAAGGAGAAGGGCCUUGACAACAUCCUGAUAUCCCCUGUGGUGGUGGCCUCCUCCCUGGGCAUGGUGGCCCUCGGGGGCAAGGCAUCCACCGCUUCCCAGGUCAAGUCUGUCCUCAGCGCUGACGCCCUGAAGGACGAGCACCUGCACACAGGCCUGUCAGAGCUCCUGACUGAGGUCAGCGACCCCAAGACCCGGAACGUCACAUGGAAGAUCAGUAACCGCCUCUACGGCCCCAGCUCGGUCACCUUCGCCGACAACUUUGUGAAGAGCAGCAAGAAGCACUACAACUAUGACCACUCGAAGAUCAACCUCAGGGACAAGAGGAGCGCAGUGAACUCCAUCAACGAAUGGGCGUCCAAGUCGACAGACGGCAAGCUGCCUGAGAUCACCAAGGAUGUGCAGAAUGCUGACGGAGCAACGAUCGCCAACGCUAUGUUCUUCAAGCCUCACUGGGAUGAGAAGUUCCAUGAGACGAUGGUAGACAACCGUGGCUUCCUGGUGACCCGUUCAUUCACAGUCUCUGUUCCCAUGAUGCAUCGCACCGGUCUCUAUAAGUUUCAUGAUGACACAGAGAACAGGUUGUUUGUGCUGGACAUGCCACUGGGCCAGAAGCAGUCCAGCCUGGUGUUCAUCAUGCCCUAUCACCUGGAACCCCUUGACAGGCUGGAGAAGCUGCUGACCCGCAAGCAGCUGGAAACCUGGAUGGGCAAGAUGGAGGAGAGGGCCGUGGCCAUCUCUCUGCCCAAAGUCAGCAUGGAGGUUAGCCACAACCUCCAGAAAACUCUUGGUGAACUUGGUCUGACCGACGCUGUGGACAAAACCAAGGCCGAUCUGUCCAACAUCUCCGGCAAGAAGGACCUGUACCUCUCCAACGUGUUCCACGCCUCUUCAAUGGAGUGGGACAUCGAGGGGAACCCCAUCGACACCAGCAUCUUCGGAAGUGAGAAGCUGAGGAACCCCAAGUUGUUCUAUGCUGACCAUCCCUUCAUCUUCCUGGUGAAGGACAACAAGACCAACUCCAUCCUCUUCAUCGGCAGAAUGGUGCGACCCAAAGGAGACAAGAUGCGUGAUGAGUUGUAAUAGUUAAUGGACAGUUUGAGAGAUACGGUUACUGAUUGAAUCAUGCCAGGAAAUAGUAUGUGUAUUAUGGUUUGACUGUUACCCCAAGAACACAUUCCAAUAGGGCAUCUGUGGACUGAAUAUCUAGACCUACUAUUGUAUCAGACACAUUAAGCACACCCAGGGAACAGGAGUCUAUUAUGGUAUGACUGUUACCCCAAGAACACAUUCCAAUAGGGCAUCUGUGGACUGAAUAUCUAGACCUACUAUUGUAUCAGACACAUUAAGCACACCCAGGGAACAGGAGUCUAUACGUUCAAAUAAAUGCUGUUUGGCCUUUACAAUACAUAAUCAAUAACAUUGUCAGUCUGCAUUUCAAUACAUUUCAGGAAAAAUCUGAACACCACAAGUGCCCUUUUAGAGUACCUGAACAUUGAAUAGCAGACGACCUGACAGCAUGCUUAUAUUAAGUAUGAUCUCUCUGAUUUUUGCCUUCCAUAAAAUCAGACAUUUUCCACCAUUCUUUUCACCAGUAUAGGUUUGGCUUCUCGCUCUUAUUGGGUUUGUGAUAUGUGUGAUUAGUUGCAUUAUCUUUAAUGUUUAAAGAGAAAAAGUUUGUUGCACAAGUGGACUACAAGCUAAUUUCAUGUCAUACUAUUUUCCACUUUCCACCCUGCAAAGUUCAUUUCUCAUGCUUUCAGUUGUUUUUGCCUCCCAGCUGCAAUGAAACUGUUCCUCUGCAGUCUUUGAUUUGAUUGAAUUAUCUAUGCCAUUUGCCAACCAAACUGUAUGACUGUUGUAAGCAUUUACCACUAAACCUUGGAAUGUUGCCAUAAUGCAAUGUGGUGUCCUUUUUGACUUUUUUUUCAAUAAAAAGAAACCUACAAUAAAC